CUGAGGGCGCGCUCGGCCUUUCGGCGUUCGCUUGCUCGGGUCUGGCCGGGCUGGCGGCGGCGGCGCUGGCGGCGGGAGCCCGGUCGCGGCAUGCAGAAGCCGCCGCCUGCCGCGGGCGGGGAAGUCUCCCUGCACAACUUCAGCGCGCAGCUGUGGGAGCAGCUCGUGCACUUCCAUGUCAUGCGACUGACGGACUCGCUUUUCCUGUGGGUGGGGGCCACGCCGCACUUCCGCAACCUGGCCGUGGCCAUGUGCAGCCGCUACGACUCCAUCCCUGUGUCCACCUCCCUCCUUGGAGACACUUCUGACACGACUUCCACUGGCCUUGCCCAGCGCUUAGCCAGGAAGACCAACAAACAGGUGUUUGUCAGCUAUAACCUUCAAAACACAGACAGUAACUUCGCAUUGCUUGUAGAAAACAGGAUCAAGGAAGAAAUGGAGGCUUUUCCGGAAAAGUUCUAGCCGAGUGGCAGAAGUGAGGAUUUGUAACUUAUGUACAAUAUAUGUUUAAAUAAAUGGAUUGAAUUUUACUGUUUGU